AUGGCCAUUACGGUAAUGAUAAUAUUAUCAUUAAAAAACAACGAUUUUCCCACGUUUGUUGAAGCUAUUAAAAACAGAAUUACCACCGAAAUUUUAAGCAAAAGCAAGGCGUUUCCUAAAUUAACCAGCACGUUUCACCGGGUUCUCGGUUAUGGAUAUUUCCUAAAAACCACCCUGAAAGCCGAGGAACUGGUAUCGACCAUUAAAAUUGAGAAAAACAAUGAAUAUUACGCUAAAACUCACGAUGAAAUAUUCGCCGAAUUUAGCACUAGAGAUCUCCCUCGAAAGAACACAGUAACCUGGGAAAUGAUAAUCAUAGACGCUCCAGCAUCGUGGAAACUCAAGGAAAACUUUACAGAAAACCAAGUCGUUAUGAUAGUUCGCAUGCACCACGGCGUAGGAGACGGCAUAGCCGUUACGAAUCUAUUAGUGAAAUUAUUAUCCAGUGAACCCAUAGAUUUCAUCAAACACGCCGCGGAAUCGAUGAAAAAACGACCCGCGCCGAAAAGGCUACCAAUAUCCGAACAUUUGUACCAACUCCACUUGUUUCUGCUAACGCCUGGGUACAUUUUAUGGAACAAACUGGUGAAUAAAUCGAGAAAAAAAGCGUUCAAGUCGCCUGCUGUAUCGAGAAAACGGGCAUUCUAUACGGGCAGCGACUUGGACGGGUCGCUCGUACAAACCGUAAAACGGAUCAAGGGAAAAGUGGGCGAUUCCGCUUUUCUGGAAAUCAUGCUAACGGCCGUAUCCAAAAGCCUUAACAAUUACUUCGAUAAAACAAAUCAACGGGCACCCGAUAAGAUAUUGCAAUUAGUACCGUUCAUGGCGACCAUGCCAAGCAGCGCCGAAGACUCGAAAUUGCUGAAUACAUUCUCUCUGCUGCAUUUUCCUCUACCGGUAGCGCUAAAAUCGGAUUCGUUCGUUUCCAGAUUGAAUAAGGUUAAGGAAUACUCGAGGUAUUCGAGAAAUUUAAUCGACAUUCAGGCACGACAAUUCUUUUGGAAUUACCUGAACCAAAUAUUGCCCGUUCAUCUGUAUUUCUUGUUGGAAAAUUUCGACAAUACGAUUAUAAUCGUUAGUAACAUUCCCGGUUGUCCGAAAUUGAGCAUCUGGGAUAACGAAGUCGAUCACGUUUAUUUCGUCCCGCCUCAAUUAAACACGGGUAUCGUUUAUACGUUUUUUACGUACGACGAUAAGUUGCAAAUUUGCGUGGGAUUCGACGAGAAUGUGUUGAAAUUCGUAGAGCACUCGAGCAAAAUUGCUCAGGACGUUUUCGGGGCUAUCAAAGAUUUCGAUGAAGAAGUUAAUGGAGAAAAGAUGAAGAUAUUGGGGCUGAAUGUUUCUUGA